AAUGACUAUGACACCCAAUGUGGAGAGCUUUGCAGCAUACAUGUCGAUGACUGGCUUGAGUGAAGGCACCACCAAAGACUACAUAGGAAUGUUUGGCAACAUCACAAGAAUGGCAGGGGGAGAUCUCCGAGGGAUUUUCACAGACGGGAGCAAACUAGUGACGGUUCUUGAUGAAAUUAAAAGAACGAAAGCGCCGAAAACAGCGAACAAGUAUUAUGGAAUCAUCAACAAAUUCAUUAAUUUCCUCCUCACUGAGCCGGCAUAUGAUGGCAAGCAAUUUGGAUCUGAGUCAGAUCUAACGAAGACAAACAGAAGAGUGAAUACAUGUCUGGCCGGCUUGAAAAGAAGCAUCAAACACCAUGAAGCUCUACUAAAGAGCAAAAUAUCAGACUGUCUAUUGGACAAAGCUUCGGUAAACAAAUUCCGCAAGAUGCUUUGCGAUGAAACGGAUAAGGCUUAUGAUAAGUACGAAGACCAAGAAAAGGUGGACUGGAGUAUCACCCGUCCAAUUAGGGAUGCGCUCAUGAUAGAAAUCGAAUGCCAAAACGCAGGCCGUUCUGGCCUAUGUUCUUCGCUACUCCUGUCGGAAGUAAACAACAGAAAGAUCAUUGAUGGGAAGACUGAAAUAAAGGUUUGCCGACACAAAACCAUGUCUACGCAUGGCCCAGCAACGAUCAUACUAGAUGAAUAUGGGUCAAAUCUUCUCGAAAUGUACUUGGUAUUGCGCAGCAAGACCAUUGGGUCAAGAAUAAUCUUGGAAGGCCUCGAGGAUGAGCCGUUCUUCAUCGAAAAAACAGGAAACAAGAUGAGCAACCCUGGCCAGACCAUGGCCAGGUUGUGGGAAUCCUAUGGUCUGCCAGGACGUUUCCUACCGACAAAUAUUCGAAAAACAACAAGCACACACGUGCAAAGGACGCUACCGCCUCUUGAGGCAAAUGAGGUUGCUAAUUACAUGUCCCAUCUCCCAAGCACCGCCAGAAAAUUCUACUUGUCAGCCCAGGAGACGGAUGCCAACCAAAGGGCUGGCAAAAUCAUAAGAGAAUCGUGGAGAAUCAAUGAAGACGAAGCAUCGGGAAGUGGCGUACAUGUCUCCGAACAAGGCAGAAGAGUCACCGCAAAGCUUGAAAGGGGUAUUAAAAGAAAAAUACCGCUAGAAGAUGAAGACGAAGAUGGAGAUGAAGAUGAAAAUGAGGAUGAAGAAUGGGUGCCCUGCACCGAAGAGAAAAGCAAACCAAAAAAACAGAGGAAGGUUCUGACAGAUGAAGAUUCCGCCAAGAUGAGGCAGAUGUGCAAGGAAGAAUUCAUCAUUAACAGGAAGAAGGGUAGACCCUUGAAAUAUCAUGAGAUUAUAACAAAGGUGUACAACAAGAUGAAACCACCGGUUUCCAAAAAGAGAUUCGGAGACAAAGCCCGUCAUGGUGGCAUGAAAAAGUUUUAUUAGGUCUAAGGCACUCUAUGUAUUCAAUGUACAAUGUUUCAUGCAAUUAUUUUCUUUUAUCUUUAAGUAUUCAUGUAAUCAGUUGGGUUUGGAUAAUUUGUGCAGAAAAAUUCAGAUACAUGUUUGAGAUAGAAUUCAAACACAUAGGGGCAUUAUCACCACAGAUGGUCACAGAGGCAAACAAAUCAAGUUGAUAUUCAUGUCAAAUGCUUUAUGUUUUUUUAAUAAUACAAGACCUGAAGUUUCUAAGACAAUUUUUUUUUCCGACUCUGGCAGCCAUUUUUAUUUCAAAGUAUGGAUACAAAGUAGUGUUGAAAAUAUAAUUUGUUUUGACAGAUUUUUAAAGAACAGGUUUGAUCAUGAUGUUUUCGCAUGUGAUUUAGCUUACUAUUAUAACACUUUUUAAAAUCCCACAGAAAGAAACACCAGUAAUUCAUUCAUCUGAUAAAAAAAUUGAUGAAAUAUGUGAUAUGGUAUGUAAUGUCAGUUACUGAAAACAUGAACUUUUUUUCUAAUUUCUUUGAAAAGAGGAUAUAUUAUAUAAAACUUGGUAGAUUUCCUCUCUAGGUAACACCCCCCCCCUUCUACACCAAAAUUAGAGAUUACCAAUUAACAAUGAAGCCAUAGGGUACCAUUGAAUAUAUGUAAUGUCAGUUACCAAGUGGAAAAUGUAAUGUCAGUUACAGGUAUGUAUUGUUAGUUACCAUGAUAAAAUGUUGGUUUAAUAUCAAUAUUGAAGUGCAAAUCUGUGGUCAAUUUUAUGGUGAAGAAAUAUUGUAUACUUGUUAUUCAGGUCUUUCACUUUAAAAGUCACACAAGAAGGAGCUUGCUAUUGUAUUGCCUAAAUCUGCAAUACUUUUUAAGCUUAACAUUGUGAUGAAGGAGAUUUCCAGGGUCCCUUUUUUAGUUUCCAGGAUUCUUUUGAGCAUUGCCUCGCUAAAAGUAAAUUCCUGGUUUUUAUGCCUGUUAGUAGUGUGGAUGUGUGAUACAAUUUUUGUUUUUGGUUUACAAGUAUAGAUAAAAAGUGAAAUUUGACUGUUCUGAUCAAUGUUGCAUGGAUCUACUAAAACUGUUUUUUUUUUUUCUAAUUUACAAAUAGUUCAGUUUCAGUUUAGAAGCUGGAGUUUAUUUUUUGUUGACAGCUUAAAGAUCCAGACCGGACCCGAAAAUGAAAUUGAUAAAUUAUAUACCAAUCGAAAGCUUAUAAGCUACUAAAUACAACAAGGUAUGCUUUAUGCAUUUUCACCGCUUCCCAGCUGAGUAUUUUGCUUAAGAAUAUUCCAAUUAUCGGGCUUCGAACCCAGCUUAGAAAAUAGGCUUUAUUGUGCUAUUCACAUGCCUCGAGACCGUGACGUCACGUUGUGUAAGAAGCGUCGUGAUUCCAUAGGAUUGUACACAGAAAAACUGGGUGAUUUUUUUGCUUUCCAGAUAAUGCAUUUCAUUCUCUUCACUUCUAUCACAGAGGGAUAUCACAUAUAUUUUUACCCACAAGCUUGAAUUUAUAAAAUCUGCAGUUUUGAACUAGUUUUUGCCAUGUUUUAUUUCCUGGUUAUUUGGCGCAGAUUUCAAUUAUAUCUGCAUUUAGAUUAUGUAUAACAACUUUUCCUGACAUAGCAAUUUAGGCCCAAUAAGAGCCAAACAAAGAAAUCACAAUAAAGGUAGUAAAUAGUUGUAGGUUUACAAACUGUACAACAAUUUGAACAGUGAAUAAUUUUGAGUGCCAUUUUCAUCUGAAAACGAAAAAAAAUAAUUGAUUCAUAACAUGGAAAUGGAAGAAAAUACCCAAUGUUUUUGUACACAAACCUAUGGAAUCACAACCCUCCUGACACAACGUGACGUCAUCAUUUCCAGGCGACGUGGGGGUGCUCAAUCGAAGCGUACUUUGGAGGAGCAGUUUCUUUGAUUUUUAUUUAAUAUUUUUAACUAUUGGAAGGACAUACAUGUAAUAUUUUUGGUAUAUUUGUAUUGUAUGAAUCAUUACCUUUAUUUUGAUAUAUGAUUGUUUUUACACCGGUCAGGGUCUUUAAAAAAGAUUUUUUUCUGAAGUGUCUGUUACUAUACUGUACUUUUUAAGUUGACCUUGUUCAAAAGAAAACUAAUCAGUGCAUAUUUUUGAAACAUGCUGUUUAUCUUUAGUGAUAGAUGUAUAGUUGUUUGGAAUGGUUUUCCAGUGUGACCCAUAUUUCAUAAUAUUUGAGAAACAAAGUAAAACAAAAAAGAGCAAUCUUUAUGGUAUAUUGAUGAAAAAAAUAGCAUAAAUUAAUUAUGUAAUGAUUGUUACAUUAUUUUGUGUUUUAUUUGUGUGUGAAUAUACAUGUACCUGCUAUCUAAGAAAAACAAUCCAACAAAAGAGCUUUGGGCUUACACUGAAAUGUAAUUGAGGUUCCUUACUUGUACAAAAUAGCUCAGACUUUCCCUUUUACAAACUUUCAGGUGAAAUCAGUGUUUAUAUGUACUACAACUACUAUCAUUAUAUUUUAAAGUCAUGAUAAUGAUUGGGUUUUAUAUGAAUAUAGUAGGGUACUUGUUCAAGAUUUUGGAAGGCUGUACACCUUUACAAAAAAUGUAUUUUUUCCUAAUCUGCGACUUUCAAAUGACCAUGAAGUAUUACAUGUAAGGGUCAAAUUUAUUAAACUGGUAGAUUU